AUGACCCGGCCAAAGCGGCGCAUCCAGGAGGGCUGGCGGCGUCUGCCAGGAAGGCGGGCGAGGGCUCCGCAGACCGGGUGGGCGGGUCGGACUCUGCCAACGGCCUGGCGCCAGGCCUGGGUGUCCAGGCAACGGGUAAACACUGCGCGGCCCCGCCCCCGCGGCGCGCACCUCCCGACGUUUGUGCGCGCGGCUCUCCAGCGCCAGCGAGGCGCACUUGCUGCAGACGCGCAUCCCGGAAACAGCCGUGCGGCGGGUGCCCUAGUCCGGCGUGGCGGCGUGGCUGACGGCCCCCUUGCCCCGCCGGGCUCCCCUGAGCCACUCGGCCUCCUCGCGCCGCGCCGCGGGAGCCGGUCCCAAACAAACGCCGCGAGGUCCCGGGAACGGGGGCUGUUCGCUGGCGAGUGCGGAGGCGGAACCCGGCCAGCUAAAGGGAAGAAGAAAAGCCGGGGCAAGUCGCGUGGGAAGAAGACCAAGAAGCCGGAAGUGGACAUCCUCAGCCCCGCCGCCAUGCUGAACCUCUACUACAUCGCGCACAACGUGGCCGACUGCCUGCAGCUGCGCGGCUUCCGCUGGCCGGGCGCCGCCAAGGCAAAGAAGGGGAAAGGCAAGACUUAAGCGAGAGCGUUUCCCAGCCCGUCUAUCCUGCAGAGAACAGAACCCGGGGAAGAGGAAGCAGGAUUAUGCCACCGUUGCAAGGAAAAUAGACUUCACUGAAGACAAUCUGAGGUGCAAACUGAGUGUGCUUUUCUGUGGUAGAUAAUGAUAAACGCAUUUUACUUCCUCAGCUAAACCCAGGUAUGAGUGAGCGAGCCAGUUUGGUUUUUCAGAAGUUAAGGGGCUGGGGGGUGAAAGUGUGCGGUAAUUCCCGCGCAGUGUGGUGGAAUUGAUAGAACUUUUUAAAGUUAUUAUAAAUCUGGGUUGGAAUUGAACCUUGCUGUCGAAGGGCAGUUCUAGCUUUCACGAGUUUUCUUUUGCCCAAAGGGGUUUUGUUUUUUAAAGUAGACAUGACAAAAAGCAUUGCAUUUGCUCAUGGGUCCCUCUUUUGACCACAGUUUCCUUUUCUUAUCUUUUUCUGGAAAAGUAAUAAAUAUUUUGUUACUACCA